GUCCCACAGCCUAACUGCGAACAGGAUUACUUGGCCUUUUCUGUAGGCCUAUUGCAAUCUGCCUGCUGCAUGCACACCAAUCUAUCUUCGAUUGCGUCCUGCGUUCGCUAGCCAACCAGCAUUUCACAGUUCUACCCGUGCUUGUCUGCACUCAUACGCCUAUGAAAUCUGCCCAGUGCCUGCAAGCACACCUGUGCCAGUUUUAUCCAUAGACUUGCUGGCUUCAGCAAACUCUCUGUAGACCUCUCAAAACAACAUCCAUAAGCAAAUUUGCUUCCUUGGUCAAGCCUUUUAAAGUCCAGCACUUCAAAUUGGCCUCCAACCUUGCUGAUUAGCUUGGACUUCCGAAUUUUCUCCCAAUUAAGGCAACUCCGAAGAUGACUCCCUCACAUCUGCGGUGCCCAAAAAAUAGGGGUGUGACAUUUCUCACAGGCGGCGGCGGAGGCAGCAAACACACUAGUUGGGCCAACUUGGUUUUGAGCUUUAUUGUAUCUUGCUGGGUUUAUUUACCUUGGGCUUAGAAGGUCUUUUUCUAUGCUUAGUUGUAUUUGAGCCUCAAUGCAUUUUUCCUUAAAUCUUUGGAAAGAAAAAACAAAAAAAGUUAAGCGGAGGAGAGAGCUGCGGAUGCGAAUAUAAAGAACCUUUGCUCGCUCAGCUCAAUUGUUAAUUGGCGCCAUAAGUAUAGAUAAAAGAGACCGCAACUGGGUGUGAGAUCAUUUUCUGAUUUAGAUGCUCAGAUUGGAAAAUGGAGUCAAGAUCGACUAGGUAGGUCAGAAUCGACUCAAUACUUUCAAUUAGGUGGAGAGAAAUUGAGCAGAAUAAGAGAAACAGGGAAUUCUCUUAGAAUGAUUUGAAUUGGUUCAUCUUUGAUAGUAUUACAAAAUGUUUAAUCACUCAAUUUCCUGAAAAAUCACGAUAGAAUUAAGAUUAGUUAAGAUUACCCAUAAACUGCUUCUGACGAACAAAAGAUACCCAAUUUAUAGUAGGAGGAGGAGGUGGUGGUGGUGGGGUACGUGAGAUUUGUCAGCAAAUUGAGAAAUCAUCUGUGACUGAUGAUGGUAAAGAAGAGAUAUUCAGUUUAGAGGAGGUGGAGUACAUGAGAUUUCUGAACAAAAUGAUAAAUCCUUCAUUAUUGAUGGCGGAGGCGUGGUGCUGUCGUGACCGUUGAUUGUGGGCGUACUGCUGCCAUGCUGAUGGCUGUGAGGUCACCGGACUGAGAAUGAGACAAUCUUUCAACAAGACAGAUAUCGUGGCCUCAUGUAGCGCAUUGCAUGAGGUGAAGUGGACACAUAUGGACGGACACCCCCCCUAAGCGGUCCCACCAUAGAGCUUCCAUCAAUGUCAACACUCUUUCUUGUCCAGCCUCAACAAUGAAAAAUCUUUGCGACUUCAAGUUCAAGUGGUCGUCUUCUUCUUCAACCUCUGUUAUCAUCUCUGCUUCCAUAGCCAAUUAAUCUAGGCAGUAAUGUCUGCCUCUUUAACUUUCAGACUCUUCCAUGCACCUCCUCAAAAAACCCACUUCAUCAAAUUCCCUCUUACUAGACAUGAACAAAGAUUUGCCAUUUAUUCACCACCAAAAUUCAGGAGCCUAACCACCGUAAUUAGAUCAGUUCAUGAGGAUUCUGCGCAUGUACCUGCGACUCCAGCAAAACCUAGAUGGGAAAAUGUGUUGUCCACUGCAGCUAGCCUGUAUCCUGUCUAUGUGACUGUAGGAGGGGUCGUUGCUUGCCUGAAGCCCUCUACUUUUGCCUGGUUUGUGCAGAGAGGACCAGCUUCAUAUAGUUUAUCGCUUGGGUUGAUCAUGUUGGCUAUGGGUCUUACUUUGGAGCUUAAAGAUUUGAUUAGUUUGUUUAUGCAAAGGCCUCUCUCUAUACUUUUUGGAUGCGUUGCUCAGUACACAAUAAUGCCAGCUUUUGGAGCGAUUGUCAGCAAAUCCUUGGGACUCUCACCUUCUCUUUCAGUUGGACUUAUAUUGCUUGGAUGCUGCCCUGGAGGUACUGCCUCUAAUGUGGUGACGUUAAUUGCUCGAGGGGAUGUUCCGCUAUCUAUUGUAAUGACAUUGUGCACUACACUUGGUGCAGUAAUUCUCACUCCUCUGUUGACAAAGAUUCUAGCAGGGACUUAUGUUCCUGUGGAUGCUAUUCAACUUUCCAUCAGCACCCUGCAGGUGGUUGUUGCUCCAAUUCUAUUGGGUUCCUAUUUGCAGAGCAAAUUUCCUGCAGCAGUGAAAGCUGUGAUUCCUUUUGCACCACUAUUUGCCGUUUUGGUUUCAUCACUGCUUGCAUGCAGCGUCUUCUCAGAAAAUGUUGUUCGCCUCAAAUCCUCAAUAGUCGCCACUUCAUUGCCUCCUGUUUCCUCUCCAGUUCUUUUCAUUCAAUCAGUAUUGAGCGGAGAGCUGGGAAUGAUAAUUCUUUCUGUUAUACUGCUACAUUUUGCUGGUUUCUUUGUAGGUUAUCUAUCAGCAGCUAUUUGUGGAUUUAGAGAACAAGAACGGCGAGCUAUAUCAAUCGAGGUUGGUAUGCAAAAUUCAUCCUUAGGUGUUGUUUUAGCAACAUCCCAUUUCACUUCUCCAAUGGUUGCAAUACCCCCAGCAAUGUCUGCUGUGAUCAUGAAUAUCAUGGGUAGCAGUUUGGGAUUCAUUUGGAGAUAUAUUGAUCCUUCUGAUUCGGACAAGAGUCCUAAGCUUGCUGGAAAAUGAAGAUGAAAUACCAGAAUGUUGAUUGCAAGUGUUACUCUGCUUUCCAUCCUCAUUGGAAUUCUUUAGAAUCAAUUUUUGUCAUUGUGGAAGCUUGGUAGCCAUGAACCUCGCUUGACUUGUUGAACGCCAAGCUUUGGUUGUAGGAUGAUAACCCUACCAUCCCUUUUCUAAAGGGAGACAACCACUUCUGUUAAUUAGUGCCUUGCACAUUAAGUUCAGAAUUCAAUCCUUAUUAAUUAUUUGGGAUAAUGGUGAAAAAAAAAUGAAAUUUUUUUACAUUU